CGCAAUGCUCAACAGCAUACUUAACCCUAGCUGUACGGAACAGCCCGGCGAGAUGAAUCUACAAAAGCUGGAGUCGGCGUUUGAUCGUCUGUAUGGCUCCAUUAUAGAGGGAAAGAAACAAACGUUUAGAAUGAUUACAGAGCAGCCAAUGAAAAAGUUUAUCCAGCAACACCCAGAUCAUUUUGAGUUAGAAAAUCGACAGGGAAACUGGAACGUUAAGCAAUGUCGACGUGUUGAUAAAACUUCAACCGCUGUACAAUCUACUUACAUCGACGUACCUGUGGAAAGGGACUGUGCACUAGUUACCUCGACAGAUGGCGUCCCGACCAACUCUGUUGUAGAUCAGCAAAUUUCAAGAGAAAACACACAUCCAGAAGCUUCAGUAGUGGAUGACCUGCCAUCAAAGUCAUGGGGAAAAGUCACUCGAAACAAAAGAACAAUGCAAUCACCCUCUGUUGAAAUCAACAGAGCUACGGUUGAUAGGCUUUUGCAAACAUCACCUGGCCCAGGCCUGAUUCUGCAGCCGUCUGAAGUCGUGUACCUUGAGAACAAAGCAUUGUUCUCUCUUGACAUUGUUAGUAUGUGGAAUACUCCCAAAAUAUCAGGCCAUAUCCUGCUGGGGGCUCAAGUAUCCACAACGCCACCCCAUGAAGUAACCGGCCUGUCACAAAGUCGAACAGACCAGGAAAUGCAAGAAUUAUUUCUCACGGACUCAUUCAGUACACCACAACCAGUGUUUAACUAUGAAGAGGUAGAUCUCGUGGAAAAACGUGUUGGACUUAUAACAGUCAACUCGAGCGCAGGACAGGGCAGACCAUGCACAACUACAAGAGCCGAGUCUUGUUUUAACGCUGAGCAGCUGUGGUAUCGAAAAGGAGAGGAGAACGUCAUGUGCAGAGUGACAGAGCACAGUGUGGCGAUGGAUAUAUGCAAUUGGUUUAUGGGAAGUAAACACAAUGAAAAUAAAGUGACUAGGGAACGAGAUGAACCACUUGAUACCAAGAUAAAUGAUUCAGCCGGAUCUCAAACAGUUCAGGAGGGAGAGAAUUUCUUGGAUGUUUUCACAAAAGGACAUUGUAUCCUUGUAGUUGGCCAAAUCCCAAGUAACACUCGCAAUCUGUCAGCACUGAUGAAGAUUCCUUGGCUGUAUGUGUUUGAUUUCGACAUUGAAAGUCGAUCCACGGGGACUUUAGUUGCGUGUCAAAAGGUUCUUGAGAGUAAAAGAUCCGUGUACAUAAGAUACUGGGGGAUGCCUCCAGUAGGGGUUUCAGAGAGUGCAACAACUUGGUGUUUUACGAGAGGUACAGGCUAUGAACCUGAGUCUCGCGCUGAUGGGAACAGUAAAACAUGGCGACAGAAAACCCGAGAAGCGAUAAAAAAGCACUGUCGUCAGUUGGGUAAGUUUGCAGCAGAAUACACGACUCUGCGGGUUUUGGUUGUGUGGCCUAGCCUUGACUUUUGUCCACAUCAUCUUUAUUCGUUUUUACAAGACUUGGAUGACACCUUGGAGCCAAGAGUAGAAAUGAGUUUAAGUCUGAUGCCGACUUCUGACGAAGGAAAGAGCGUUAUUCAGUCAAUUAAAACUCACUUGGACAUUCAACCGAAGCAAAUGUCUGUUGAGAAACUAUGCCAAGACAUAAACGUGUGCUUUGAAGAUUAUCAAAACGGGAACGUUUUCCAAAUGAAGUUGCCCAUAUUUAACGGGGAAAUAAGCCAGACAGAAAUUUCCGAUCGAGACAAACUCUGGUUCAGGGAGGACUUGGAUGUGCUGUAUCUGGACAGUCCAUAUUCCAGAUCGAGAGACACUGAUGCGAUCUCCGACGACAUAGACGAGUUCUUCAAAGGAGGGACAAUACACUGGUAUACCUGGUAUGAGUGUAGUUCUGGAUUUAUCGAUAUACAGAGAGAUCUGAUGGCUAAAAUUCUCCCAGAACUUGAACGACGAUGCCGCAUCCCAUCGAAACCCUCUUUGAUAACCCUCCUGCAUGCUCCUGGAUCCGGGGGAACAACUUUAGCACAAAGACUCCUGUGGGAGCUGCACACAAAAACACCAUGCGUGCAGGUGAGAACAGGGACAGAAGUAACGCUGGACCAGGUAACAAACAAAAUUGAGCAUUUGUACAAAAUAACAGGUUCAAUCGUGGUUAUACUCGUAGAUGGAGAGGAAGAAACAAGAGUGAAGUUAAUGGCAAGCCAGCUUUCCAAAAUUCCAACCAUAAUCCUCUAUGUGAAACGUUGUACCUACUACAAACAGAGCGAUACCGCGAGCAAAGGGGCUACAACAAAGUUUUACUUGAAAGGAGACGUUAGCUCUGAUGAAGCCAAACGACUUGCCAUAAGGCUAAAAGAUAAAAUAAAAGACGUAAAGAGAAAAGAGGCUGUUCACAACCUAACAGAACACGUUUGCAAAGGGACAAACCAUUGCUUGUAUGAAUUCGGCCUAGCAGCGUAUCUUCAUGAAUUUCGGGGUAUAACAUCCUAUGUGAGAGGAUAUCUGAAUCUUGAAGACAACCCAAGCAGAGAUUUGCUUCCCUGGCAAAAACUACUUGGAUACCUGGCAUUGGUGUACUACUACGGACAGGCAUGUGUUCCAUGUCAGUUUUUCGCUACCCUGAUUGGUAAGCCGCCAAAUUACGAUGUUUCUUUGGACGAUUUUCCUCUGAGUGCAACAGAAUUCAUAAAAGAAAGCCAAACAUACCCAAAGUCCAUCAGAAUAUCACAUUACGUGAUCGCUGGAGAAAUCCUUGAGCAGAUUCUGACUAGGCACAGCCCAAACGGAAACGAAAGAGACAAUCCAGAUCGUACAAGUCUUAGCAAGCUGGCCAAACAAAAUUUGAAGGAUUUUGCAGAAGACUUUAUCAAUUACUCAAGCCACAAGAAAACAAAGGGUAGCACUGUUUCAGAAAAAAUAAUUUAUAUUCUGACGAAAACGUUUAUCCUGCGUGAAUAUAGAGAUGCUGCCGAUAUCCCUGGCGAAGGGUCAGCAUCAAAGCCAAAGGUGUCCAAGCUACUUUCGGACUUGGAAUCACACCCACCAUUUGGAGAUCAACUGAAAAUACUUCAAACUUUGAGUCAGUCUUUCCCUAUGGAUCCAAAUUUUCACGCUCACCUAGGGCGAUUUUAUACAUAUUGUCCUGCAGUAGAUAUUGCCAAGGCAGAGGAAUGUUUUGAAAGGGCUUUGGAAAUUUGCGAUGGUCUAGACAAGGACGACAUGAGGGUUAGGCAGACGUUAACUCAUGUUUACCAUAUGUACGGUAUGGUUUUUCUGAAGAGAGUCAAAGCUGUAACACGAGAUAAAAGUGAAUCAAGAAAUUCCUCCGAAAAGCAGCAUCGGAUCAUGGAAACAUUGUACCAGACCGAGAGAGCGUGUGACCAAUUCCAAAAGUGUCGUGAAUAUAUGCCUUCUGGCCAAGAACACUGCCAUGGCUAUAUUAACGAAAUUGAGGUCAGACUACAUAUGUGCGGCGCUAUCGAAAAAACAUUCGGGAAUAUCUCUGCAUUCAUGCAACAUCCAAACAGCGAUCCCAGUCUGGUCCAGUUUCUGACAUCCAGCUUGUCGGAAGUGGACAAUCUUGUUAUGCAGUGUUGGAACACUGUUGAUCAAGACGAACUUGGCAAAUUCUUCUUCGAAAUGGUCUAUUUGUUCAACAUCACGUUCAAAAAAAAUGUGAAUGAAUUCGAGAAGCUCUGUAAUACACAGAGCUCUCAUACUAGACGGCUGAAAAUUGCAGUCACUAAGAUGAAAUCCAUCGAUAAUCCCAGGAAGUUAGCGGUUUUGGAUCAGUUAUCUAAGAAGGAUAUAACGAAAAUUGUUGGACUGUACGAGGCAAACUUCAGAGAAGUGAAAGAAUCAGGAGACACUGGCAACCGAAAAUCCCUUGAAACGGACUACAGAGAAUGGAUAGUGGCCAUAAGACAUAGCAAAUUACAACGUACGUAUGAACUAGAAGAUGUCUACUCCGAAGUGCAAACCUGGUACGACAACCUGCGAACUCCGUUGUCCUUAUUUUACGUUUUCGUACUCAGAAGUGUCAUGGGAUUCGAAGCCGAUUGUGAAAGCACAAAGGAAUUUUACCUCAGCAGAGCAUAUGACGUGAAGGAAGAGUUGAUCAAAAAGAGCAGUUAUACCCGAGAUGCCCGCUUUCCGCGGGAAUGGUUGGGAAGAGACAUUGGAUUUCGACGAUUGGUCCAUCACAGUCGUUCCCUUCAUGUUCAUCUCGAUAGGUAUUCCCACAAACGAAACAUCAAAGGUGAUAUUGAACCAAUGCUGGCCGUCUGUAAGGGGACGAUCUCCUUUCCCAACAAAGGUCUAUCUGGGUUCAUAGUUAUGGAUUUGGAAAACACCGCAGUUACGGUACCUGUCAAGGUGUUCUUUGUGCCUAAAGUUUGCUCCUUGGAAGGCGAGCGUAAUGUAGGCCAGAGGGUUGAGUUUCGCUUAGCCUUUACCAUGGAUAAAGGUUAUGAGGCCUUCGAUGUUCGGCUCUUGAAAAAUAUUCCGUGUCCUGAGUGCGAAACACAAGUGGAGAUAAAAAGUGACGAACAUCAAGUCACUUGUUCAGAAUGCCAACAAGCAGUGCUCCGCGAGGAUUCGGAUCCGUACAGCUAUCCUUCGUAGUCAUUUGAAAACCUUUUCCAGCACUAGCUCACUUUUAAUCAUAUACAAGUUGGCUUGCAUCGGUCAUCUUCGAUGAGCAACUUUGAACACUGUUUAGGCACUGGAAACAAUGCCGUAAGAGCCAUAAAGUGAGGUGGGGCAAUGUUAUAAUCAUCAAGCUUCAGUGAAAAAAAAUGAUGGUUCAACUACAAUCGGACAUUUGUGUUCUUGCCAAUCAAUUGAGGCUGUAUAUACAAACCUACAUUCAUACAUAUGACCAUGACCUCGUUCGACGCUUGCACUAAAACAUAUAACAUAGCGCAGUUUGUUAUCGUUUGUAUAUGCCAAGGUAUGGAAAUCAGUAAUUGCUCACGAGUUUUCUGAAACAGGAAUGUCCCCUUGAUGGAGUUUGGUUGACUUGUUG